UCCCACCUCCUUCCAUAUACCCAUCUUCCCAAAUUCCUCCACCAAUCAACUCAUCUCUACUUACAUAUAUACAUACACAUAUAUAUACACACACACACAAAUGAAACAUACAUAAGUUUGUAUAUAUCAGACCCCGCCAUCUGAAUCAGACAAAUUCAUUCCACAUACAUAGGCAAAACAAAAACAUAAAAAAAAAUGGGUAAGUAUGAUGAUAUUUGCCAAAGAGUAUUGUUCUUAUGCCUAUCCAUUGUUCUAUUGCUCCACAAUGGCGUCGAGGGCUUGGCAUGUAACUGGGGGCUUCAAGCCAGUCACCCUCUCCACCCUGAUAUUGUCGUCAAACUCCUCAGAGACAAUGGCUUCAACAAGGUUAAGCUGUUCGAGGCCGAUCCAGGUGCCCUUAGGGCUCUUGGGAAGUCGGGUAUCCAAGUAAUGGUCGGUAUCCCUAACAACCUUAUGGCCAACCUCGCCUCCACUGUCACCGCGGCCGAGCUCUGGGUCCAGCAGAACGUCUCUCAGUACAUCUCUAGAUAUGGCACCGACAUCAGGUACGUAGCCGUGGGGAACGAACCGUUCCUGAAAACAUACAAAGACAAGUUCAUGCGGUCAACGUUCCCGGCGAUACAGAACGUGCAGGCGGCUCUGGUGAAAGCAGGACUGAGCCGACAGGUCAAAGUCACCGUCCCCCUCAACGCCGACGUGUACGAAUCCGGCAACGGCCUCCCUUCCUCCGGCGACUUCAGAUCCGACAUCAAAACCCUAAUGGUCUCCAUCGUCAGAUUCCUCGCCGAUUCUGCGUCUCCCAUCACUUUCAACAUCUACCCUUUCCUCUCCCUCGACGCCGAUCCCAAUUUCCCUCGCGACUACGCCUUCUUCCCCAACGGGUCCUCGAACGGAGCGAAACCGGUGGUGGAUGGGUCGAUUUCUUACACGAACGUGUUCGACGCGAACUUCGACACGCUGGUGGCGGCGUUGGAGAAGAACGGGUUCGAUCCGAACAAGGUCGAGAUCAUCGUCGGAGAAGUUGGUUGGCCCACCGACGGCGGCCGGGAUGCCAACCCGGCCUUGGCUCAGAGGUUCAAUCAGGGCUUGUUGGAUCGUAUUCUUCAGAAGCAAGGCACCCCCAGGCGCAGGAUAGCACCGGAGGUAUACAUAUUCUCGUUGAUAGACGAAGACAACAAGAGCGUGGAGCCUGGGAACUUCGAAAGACACUGGGGAAUGUUCGCUUACGACGGAACAGUGAAGUACCAACUAAACCUAGGAAACGGUCGGCAAUUGGUUCCGGCCAAAGGAGUGCGUUACCUCACGCGCGAAUGGUGCGUCCUCUCGCCACAGGCCGCCUCCUCCCCUUCGGUCGCUUCCUCGUCCGCCUACGCGUGCCAGUACGCAGACUGCACUACCCUCUCCCCCGGAUCCUCCUGCUCGGGCCUCGACCCUCUGGCCAACGCUUCCUACGCCUUCAACAUGUACUUUCAGACCAUGGAUCAUCGUAGGGGCUCUUGUUUCUUCAACAACUUGACUUUCGUCUCUAGGAUCGAUCCUUCUGCCGGUUCGUGCCGGUUUCCCGUGGAGAUCGAUAUGGGCAGACACGAGCUGCCUCCUCCUAAGAAGUCGGCUGCAGCCGAGGGGAUGGCUCGGUGGUCGUGGCGGUCGAUGAUAGUUCGGUGUCUGGCCGGCGCUGUGAUGGUGGGGGUCACGAUGGGUUUGAGUUGUAUUUAGUUGGGUGUUUCCGGUUCGGCAUUGUAAUCAAUAGAACAAUUUUUUUUUUCUUUUUUUUUCCACAAUUUAUAUAAAAAGGAGGAAUUAUAAAUAAUAAUUUGUCGUGAUAAUAAGAUAAAAUCAAAAUAACGGUUCAUAUG